AUGUGCCCGAUCAAGAAGGAGAUGAGCGCCGAGUCGUCGGGCUCGGCGAGCAGCUGGGCUUCAGCCUCGCCCUCGACCUCGUCGGAGCACCAGACCGUGUGGACGUCGCCGCCGAAGCGGCCGGCGGGGCGGACCAAGUUCCGCGAGACGCGGCACCCCGUGUUCCGUGGCGUCCGGCGCCGCGGCAACGCCGGGCGGUGGGUGUGCGAGGUGCGCGUGCCGGGGAAGCGCGGGUGCAGGCUCUGGCUCGGCACAUUCGACACCGCCGAGGCGGCGGCCCGCGCGCACGACGCCGCCAUGCUCGCCAUCGCCGGCGCCGGCGCGUGCCUCAACUUCGCCGACUCGGCUUGGCUCCUCACGGUGCCGGCCUCGUACGCAAGCCUCGCCGAGGUCCGCCACGCGGUCGCCGAGGCCGUGGAGGACUUCCAGCGCCGCGACCUCGAGGCGGCGGCCGCCGGGGACGACGACACGUGCUCGGCCACGUCGGCGGCGGCGGCGUCCACCUCAUCGGGCAACGAGGACGACGACGCUGCCACGGACGGUGAGGAGUCGUUGCCGGCCACGGAGGACUUGUCGCCGUUCCAGCUGGACGUGUUCAAUGACAUGAGCUGGGAUCUGUACUACGCGAGCAUGGCGCAGGGGAUGCUCAUGGAGCUGCCGUCCGCAGUUCCGGCGUUUGGUGACGACGGCUACGCCAAUGUCGCCGACGUGCCACUGUGGAGCUACUAG